UCCGUCAGGGAUUUUCACCGCUGCCUCAUGAGGAUCAGGAGCGAGGAGGGAGGAGGCUUCCUCUGCCUUGUCGCUGCGCUGCUCAGCGUCCAGUGCCUGGACUCAGUUGCUCUCAAGGCCUUCGAGAGUCUCCGUGAGGGGCUCGGAGGGCAGCUGACGGUCGAUCGGGUGAGCUCGAUGACGGCCGCGGAGCUAGAGCCGUACAUCAAGUCAUGCAACUACUAUAAGACCAAGGCCAAGAGCAUCCAUGCCUGUGCUGUCAGCCUGAAGAAGAGGCAUGGCGGCAGAGUCCCUGCCUCCUUUUCCUCCCUUGUCCAGCUGGAGGGGGUCGGGCCCAAGAUCGCAAACCUUGUGCUCUCCGUGGGCCUCGGCGACGAGUCAGCUGGGCUAGUAGUGGACACCCACGUUCACAGGGUGGCGGGCAGGCUGGGGUGGGCGGUGAAGAGCGCAGACGGGGGGAAGGCGGAGGACAGCAGAAGGAUGCUGGAAGAAUGGGUGCCUGAGAGCGAGCGGGUGGACUUCACUCUUGUUCUCAUCAGCUUCGGGCAGACUGUGUGUACUCCCCUCCGCCCGAGCUGCGACGUUUGUCCUGUCAGGGCAUGCUGCCCUUCGGCA